CACAGUUGACUGAAGAGAGUUGUUAUAAACGAACAAGGUUACCCGCUUCGGUCAUGAUCAUUCUAAUUUAUUCCAACACGAACGUUUAGUUAAGGAGAGUCUGUGGUUUGUUUAGUGAAGAAUACUUUGAUCAAAUAAGUACGAACAGUAAAAAAACCGCUAUGCGUUGCAUUAAUGACAUUAUUCGUGCCUCGAAAUGUCUUUAGUGUGAGGUAGGUUGUAUGGAAACAUGAAUAAGUUAUCGGUUCUAUUAGUGGUCUGUGUUUUAAUAACAACAACGAAUACCGAGUUGAUGCGAUGGGAACAUUCGAAUGGUUGUAUAGGAAAUAUAUGUUACAGGGAUUCCAGUUAUCCUCAUGAAGAAAUACAGAAUAUGUGGACGAAAAAUUCGAAAGGAUUAUCCAAAACAUUUGGAAAUCUGAAUACCAGAAUAGAACGUACUAAAUUUAAUACAGCAGCGACUUGCGAUCUUUGUCAGAGUAAGACUAAUUUGGUGGUACAAUUAGUUAGUAUAAACGAACCAAAUGGAAAAUUGUAUAUAGCACCAACUAUGAAGUACAAUCCAAAAAUAAAAGUAGUUGUAUGCCAGAAUAAUGCAAGUUGUGAAGUACCAAAUAGACCGAAUGAUUUUACUACGAGCUGCAUACAAGUUAAAAGUACAAUGAGCCUUCUUGUUUACAACUCAACGACGAAACAAUUUCUUCCACAUAUUAUUAAUUUCCCCAGUGGUUGUGAAUGUAUGUUCCAUGCAUCCUAAAUAAGUAAGAAACAGAAGCGCUCCUGGGAAAUAUGGAAAAAAGGAAACUAGAAGAAGCAGAUAUACAUAUUUAGGCGAACUGCCCUACAGAAUAUCUGCCUUAUUUUUGAAAUAAAAACUUCUGUAAACGCUAAAUUUACUUCCAAAAAUGAUAAUUUAAAAUAAAAUGUCCCUACACUGUAUCUCAGGUAUUAUUAAAGGUAUAGACAUGCAAUUUUCGCGAUCCUGUAUCACUUUUUUGUAAAACUUUUAAACCAACAAACAGAAAAAUUCCGAAAACAAAAAUGUUCACUUUUAGAGAUGUUAUUAUUUCUCAGGUCCUGUAUGAGAUAGAAAAAAAAUGGAAACUGCUUAUAAUAGAUAUUUAACCCUCACAGCUCCGAUGACUUUGAAAAUUUACUAUAUUGUAGAGGUGAUCAUGCUGAUUAAUUUGAUAUGCAUAUGAUAUAGGGCGCGGAAAUCAUAUUUUCACAUAGUUUUUUAUAAGUUGAUAACUGAAUCAAUAUACUGAUUUCUUUGCAUGCAAUAUUUCUCAGAAACGGUUUAUCCCAUCAAGAUGACAUCACUAUCUAAGGAAAUUGUGCAAAACUUUGCUUACAUUUGUCGAAUAUAUGCUUUUUGUAUGAUAAAUUUUCAUAUACAUUUGAAGCAAUUCAUUACUCAUAAAAGUGAAGCUAGAAUAAUUUCACAGAAUAGAUUUUUCGAGCUUAUAGCAAUCGCGAUGCAAUUAUUGACCUAACUUUACCUAACCUAACCUAAUUUAACCCAACCUAACCUAACCUAAUCUUUUUUUUUGGUGUGGGUGGGAAAAUCUUCGAAAGACGCCUGGGAAGGUAUCCCAGGUGUGCUGGAUUCGUCUGCUGACCGGACGCCUACCAGCUAAAAACCCACCCUCUUUUCCACAGACACGUGCGGUAUAAAUAAACUGUAUAAAUAAAAGUAAAACCUAAACUUUAUUGUAUAAAUAAAAAGUGAAAAUUUCCUAAACCUAAUUGUAUAAAUAAAAUCCCUAAGCCUAACUGUGUAAAUAAAAAUCUAGAAAGUGUAAAAACAUUCCUAAUCCUAUAUUUAUAAUGUUUUCUAAUCCUAAUUAAUUGAAUAAAAUUUAAAAACUUGUAUAAAUAAAAAAAUAUUGAAAUCUAGUAUAAAUAAAAUGAUAAAAUGAAUUAAGACACUACACAUAAUGACACAAAAAAACCCAACAGUUUCAAUCGUCUCGUUCUCUUUCCUUUUUUUCCUUAGCCUUCAUUUUUCCCGUAACAAUCUCGAUAAUCUGGUCGUAAACCUUUUGAUGUCUAAUGGUAGCGUUCAUUAUUGCUUCGCAAUUCGGGUUGCCGCUGCCGCCGUCUUCUUCUCCCAGUUCUGGACCACUUUCGAGUGGUCUAGAACUCUCCUUGUAUUUCGGGGCAGCUCUAUGGCCCCCAGUUCCUGUAAAAUUUACCAGAAGCUUCGCCGAAGACACCGGAUGUCUCUUCACCUUCAACUACCAAGAAUUGGGGGUCACCGAGCUGCCCCGAAAUACAAGGAGAGUUCUAAACCACUCGAAAGUAGUCCAGAGCACUCCUUGUAUCAACUACUUAUUCUUCCAUUACAUCAGCUCCCAAAUUAUUAGAUCUCAGUAAGUCCUCAAGGUACUCGAAGGUCUACGGAAUCGGUACGCUCGGAAAUAAUGGACUAAAAUCAAAGGAGAUUAAAAUUUCUCCAUCUCCAAUUUCUGUAGACUUUGUUGACGUAAUUGAUUUUUUGAUUUUGGUUAAAAACCAAUUUGAAAAUUCCAAUCGAUUAAAUCGAUCGUCAGGACGCAAUUAUUGAACAAUAUUUAUCUUAUAACGGUUUAAAUUUAUGCUUUUCUAAAAAUUUUUGCACUUUUGAUUUUGAAUCGUCUAUGUGUUCUUUUAUUUUUCUACUUUGGGGUCUUCUUUCCGCACACCGCUAAAAAAUUAAGUUGUGCUAGAUUGUUUCCUGCUUUUUUUGGAUAAAAAUAGCAGUAUCUACGAACCAGGUGAUCAAACAGAACCACGUAAUGCUAUCCGAUAUCUAGAUAUGUUUUCAUUCAUUAAAUCGGUACCACCCAUUGAAGCAUUAUUCCUUGCAAUGUGGCCUGUUUGUGACAGAAGUUUGCGACUAACUAAGCUAACCCCGGACCGCCGAUAACAUUUAAACCGAUGGACAGUUUGUUUAGGAAAAAACGUCCCUACGUUACGGUGUCGAUAAUAUUCAUUUCAUAUCUCGUUCGAGACACUUUAUCUAUAUUGCACAUGCUUGAAACUGCGCAGAACCGAGCUGAAACCUCGGAGGAUGGAGAAAUCAUUGCCAUUUUGUCUUCUUUAGUCCAAACAGCUCCACUUAUAGAAACUGUACAUAGUAUAUCAUGAUCUGUUUAAAGUGACGUUUGAGGUUUAUUAUGCGAGUCCCAUCACCAAAAGAUGGGUGUCUCUACAAAUGUCAUGUAAAUUGACAAAAAAUGUUCCCACAUCAGCACAAUUGAAUGCCCUUACGAAACUACAACAAUCAAUUAAUGAAGUUCGUGGAUACCUAAUAAGAAAUGAUUUCCGUCAUUCAACUUGGUUCUCAUACCAAGAAUAGGCAUUUUAAUAUUAUUAUUCAUUUUUUUUCCUUCGGAAUGUUUGUCGAGUCAUGCUAAAAAAAUAGGAAAAAUAUUGUCUUUCAAAGUGGUACACACUAACCGAGUUAAAUCUCAGAACUCACAAAACUAAAUGGCCACGUUGUAGAAAAAAUACAGAGAAAUGUGCCGGUUAAUUUAGCCGAAAUCAGUGUUCCCAUCUCUCAAAAAUUUAUCUCUAUAAAACCCCAAAAAUUCCAAACAAUCAAUAAAUGAUUUCAUUCAACAAUUUUAAUUUUUUUAAAUUCUUUAUUCAUAAAUUAUCAAAAACUUCGAAUACCUAACAAAUAUUUUUCUUCAGAUUCUGAUUUUUUGGAAUCAUACAUACGUUAAAUAAUUUGAAAAUAUUUGGAGAUGGUUGUAGUGCUUUGCCUGUUUCCUAAUAAUAGAACAUCCGAUUUCACAUUUUUUCCCCUAAAUCUUUGGGGAAAACCACUAUAUUAGUCCAAAAUAAAGUUUUUCGAGGUAUAACGCAUGUUUUUGUGAUUGAGUCGAACUCGAAAGCGAUCAAUCGAUUGACUUAAUUCACAAUGGGGUAGUUUACCCUCUAUAUUUAUAUUGUUAUUAUAUAUUUCAUUUUUUUUGUACUUUGUGGAUGUAUUAUGUUCUUUUGUAUUAAAAUUCAACUAUAUAUCUAUACAUUUAACAAUUUUCCACAUUAUAUCUGCAGAAUGAGAGUGCAGUAGGUACGCGCAAUAGAUAAAUAAAAAGUGCAGCUGAUAGGAGCGAAGGAAUUGAAAAUUUAUAGUCCAGUGAAACUCAUCCAAGCUACGACACCUUAAUAAAUAAUAAUGAAAAAAUAAUAGUUAUUUGCGAGAAAAUCAAACAAAUAUCGUUUAUCUGUCUGUUAAAUACAGAUAGACAUAAGACCUCUAAUAAUUUUGAUAUCUACAAGUUGUUUUUUUAACUUCCUCGGACUACAUGGUAAUUUAUUUGUAGAGGGCCAAUGCCUUUUGCGUUUUGGAUUAUCAUAUAGCACCAAUUUUUUUUUUGCAAGCGAUCAAAAAACUUAAAAACUAAGUGAGUUGUUGCCAUCGGUUCUAAUGGAAAAAUCUAGUUACCAAGAAGAAAAUUACUGACCAAACCCGAUUUCAGGACAAACUAGUUUUGUCUGGGCUAAACUAAUAAUACCAGUUAAGCCUAGUCCAAACUCUUUGAGUUGUAUAUUUAACAUUUUGGUAAUUUAAACAGAAUGUGUUACAGGUUACGUGAUUUGAUGGAAGAUUUAUGUCUUGCAAAGACAAAUUGUUGUCUUGGUAUUUGGCAAAUUAAUCAAAAGAAUCAAAGAUAUUGUAAAAUAUCAAAGAUAUUUUACAAUAUGAUACAACUCAUUCUACAUGCACUCAUUACCCCAAUUAAAGCAACCUAAAAUUGAUGAAUUUUAUGAAUCAAAUAUGUGAAAGAUUUUUUUUUAUAUUUUAUUUUGUUGCUAGGUGUUUAUCAUUAGAUGCUUUAGUUAAAAAGUUAUUCAUAUCUAAACAUUCUGAUUUUUCUUAUGAUAAUGCUCGCAGUUUUUUAUAAUUUUAUAAAUUAAUACCUUGGUGUAUCAUAUUUCUAAGCAUUGAAUAAUAGAUCCAUAGCUUUGAAGCUUUAUAUUUUACCGAUAACUCAAUAAAGUAUACAAACAAAAACGAUUCAGAGAGUAAA